AUGAGCGCGCGGGUGUGGCCACGAAAGGCCAGCAGCGGGAAGCCAGCAGAGGGCUGGGGCACCAAGGAAGUGGUUAAGUUCCUCAAGCAACACGACCUCCGCCCCUAUGUGUCCGCCGCCAAGAGGGCCAAGGUCAAAGGCCUCCACCUCAUCACCGCCUCACUCCCACAGCCUGCCCUCGCCGAGCACGGAGAGGCCUUUGUGCGGCUGUGCCAGGCCCUCGGCAUCACUUCACUGCUCGACCAGGGUCGACUUCGUCUCUCGCUUCUCCACCUGCGUCCCACCACUUCUUCUGCUCCUCUUGCCUCGCUUCCUUUUGACGAUCUUCCGGGCGACGCACGGCAGAAGCGAGAACGAGCCACCGGGCCGGACUUACGUUCUACGUCAUCUUCCGCCACCGUAGAUGAAGUGCCAAAGAGCCCGGCAUCGGCGGAGACGGCGCAGCCCCUCGUGCGUUCGGCCUCGUUCGAGGCUGUCAUCACACGCUCCACUUCGGCCAACCCACCUAGAGCCCAGAUCGCCCCUACUAAGUCCAAUUCGUGUCCCACCAAGCUGCCUAGGUCGCACACGGCCCCGCCCAGAGAUGGGUCGCUGACGCCGACGCCGACGCCGCGACCGCUGUGCUGGUCGGCCCCCGACGUCGCGGCCCGACACAGCGGUGGGCGCACGAGGAGGCUGCAGGAGGCGCAGUACCGGGAGCUGCGCGAGAUGCCCCUCUCGCUGGCCUACGCCUCGCUCUUCGGCACCAUCGCCGUCAAGUGCGUCCUGCGCCGAAGCGGCUCCGCCGGCCCCUCGCCUCGCAAUCUUUACGAGGGGUCUCUAUCUUACGAGGAAAAAGAAGGCAGAGAUGACGACGACGACGACGAUGAAGACGACGUGUCGUUGCUGCUGCUGGACGCGCACAGGCCACUGCUCUAUGCGGACCUCCUGCGCGAGAUCGAACGGGUGCACGGGCCGCUGGUGGCGGCGGCGGCGAGCGGCGAGGUCGGAGUGAGGGUGCGGUACGAGGACAAGGACGGGGACGUGGUGAACGUGCACAGCGACGACGGCCUCUGCUACGCCUACAGCGACUGGCUCGCACAGAUCGACGUCGAGCCCACCAAGAGCUGGCGACUCCUGAUCGAUUUCCGCCAGCCGCCCGCCAGCGCCACCAGCCCCCUAUGA